UAAUAAACGGCACUUUUAUCACAGUAAUAAGUGGCUUAGAAUAUUGGAAAUGGUACGGCCAUUUGUAGAUGUCAUAGUUUGCUCAGUGGGAUGCCGGCGGGCGGCCAGCAGCAGGCCAGAAGUCUUCGCCACAGAACGGAACUCGGCGAAUCAUCACUCUCGCGCUCCUCUAUCUUCUUAUUAAUGCCUUCUGUAUGAUAUCUUCACUAUUCACGACAAAGGCAAAAGGCCGGCUAUAAGUAUCUAGAACAGCCCUGAUAUUUGUCCAUACCUCAGCGUGAAAUAUAUCUCCUACCUCAAAGACCAUGACUCCUUCCAUCCUGAUCGUCGGCGCCACUGGUAAUACCGGCCGGGCUGUCACUCAGACUCUGCCAAAGUUGCUUCAAUCAAGCAGCACCCUACAGGGGAACCGCAUCAUUGCUCUGACUCGCUCCUCCAGCAGCCCAGUGGCGCAACAGCUCGCCAAACUCCCUGGAGUUCAAGUGAUUGAGCAGAACUGGGUUGAGAUCACCGCUGACUGGCUCCGGGAGCACCAUGUUGCUAGAGCCUUUAUUGCAUCCCACAAUGCACCUAACCAAUUUGCCGAGGAGUCGACGUUCCAUCUCAAUGCCCUCCAUGCCGGUGUCAAGUACGUCGUGCGGAUCUCGACUACUGCUGCGAAUGUGCGCCCAGACUGUCCUGCCUACUACCCACGCCAGCACUGGGCGAUCGAGGUUCUACUCGGCUCGCCCGAGUUCAACGACUUGCAAUGGACGUCCCUCCAGCCAAAUGUCUUCUCGCCACUUAUCAUGUCCCCCGCUGCGGAGUUGAUUAAAAAGUAUCGCAAGACUGGAGAGCAAGACUCCCUUCGUCUGAUGCUGUCAGAGGAUGCACCUGUCGGGAUCAUCGAUCCUGACGAGGUUGGUGUUAUUGCAGCUUAUCUCUUGUCUCAAGAUGACACUUCCGUGCACAACAAGGCCAAAUACAUUCUAAAUGGGCCUGAGGACAUAACUGGAAAGCAGAUUGUCAACAUGAUUGAGAAAAACAUUGGCGUGCCCGUAAAAGACGUUACUUAUAAAGACGUCUCUUUCAUCGACUCGCUGUAUGAGUACCAGUACGCGGCGACCAAGGAAUCGAAGAACGUCAUCUACUCGAUCAAGCGGGCUCCCGAGACAGCGUGGGACGGGAAAUGCUCGGCUUCUACAACCAGCAAAGAGGUGCUGGAUCUUGCCGCCCCAAAACGGACACCUGCUGAUGUUUUAGAGUCUUUGCUAGGGGAGUGAGGGACUGUAAGUAAGCUGAAAAGAAAGUGAAACAGCUACUGCGCACUUGAAAUGGAAAAGAAAAGAAUUACUAUUAAGUAUAUAUGGUUUAAAGCGGAAGACUAUAUGGUUCUUUGGAAUUGUGCAGGAAGCUGAAAAAAUACGAAACCCAUAGCCACAAAUCAGAUCCCGAGAAUAUGAUUCAGGGAUAGUUUCCUCCAGAGCGUUU